ACAGGGACAAAAAUUUAUGGUGGCAGCUUGCGAGUCUGGUCCGAAACAAACGAUGCCACUUGGUCUCUCCUUCCAUCCCGCGCCCACCCUUCUACUCCGACCAAUUACAUCGUCCACCCACCUCGCCAUCUCCUCUCCCCAACCGCGGUCCUGGUCCUCGAUCUCACGCGCCGCCGCCGCCGCCGCCGCCGACUCAACCAUGGCCGCCGGCUCAGUCCGAGUCGCCGCCGCCCAGAUGACCUCCAUCAACGACCUCGCUGCCAAUUUCGCCACCUGCUCUCGCCUCGUCCAGGAAGCAGCUUCUGCAGGGGCUAAAUUGCUUUGCUUUCCGGAAAGCUUCUCCUUCAUUGGCGCCAACGAUGGGGACAGUGUUAAGAUUGCGGAACCGUUGGAUGGACCGAUCAUGCAGCAAUACCAAUCUCUUGCAAGGGAGUCGAAGAUCUGGCUGUCACUUGGAGGAUUCCAAGAAAAGGGAUCAGAGGAGGCACAUAUCUGCAACACACAUGUUGUGAUCGAUGAUGCUGGUAAUAUUAGGAGCACUUAUCGGAAGAUACACUUGUUUGACGUGGAUGUUCCGGGCGGAAGGUCAUACAAAGAGAGCAGCUUCACAGAACCAGGAAAAGAUAUAGUAGCUCUAGACAGCCCCGUCGGACGUCUGGGGCUGACAGUUUGCUAUGAUUUGAGAUUUCCAGAGCUUUACCAACAGCUAAGGUUCCAACAUGAAGCACAGGUUCUUUUGGUGCCUGCAGCUUUCACAAAGAUAACGGGUCAGGCACACUGGGAAAUUCUGCUUCGUGCUCGUGCAAUAGAGACUCAAUGCUAUGUAAUCGCUGCUGCACAAGCUGGAAAGCAUAACGACAAGAGAGAGAGCUAUGGCGACACACUAAUCAUUGAUCCGUGGGGCACCGUAGUUGGUCGUCUACCUGAUCGUGUGUCAACAGGGAUUGCAGUAGCUGAUAUUGACCUUUCAUUAGUCGAUUCAGUGAGAACAAAGAUGCCAAUAGCCAAGCAUCGGAUGCCGUUCGACUUCUGGAGACCUGCGUCCUUGUGAUUCUCUUUGCCGUGCAUGUCCAAGCUGAAUAAAGUUCGCCAGAGUCACGUGCGCUUCGUGUUGCUCAGAGAUUGAUUCACUUUCGCGUCGGUUGGCUUCAGAGACGGAGUCCAUGCAACGUUUCGGGAGUUCCGGUGGAGCGAUGGUGAAAUUGGACGGAGACAGUAACAUACUGUACUUUAUCAUUUUGGCUCGCGUGGUACCUGGUUUUCCAUACCUGUUUAUCUCGAGCAGCACUUGUCAUAUGUGCAUGAAAAGCAACGUCUGCAGGCGUUUGGCCUUCCGAACGUGGUCAGUCGUUUUGAAGCGUUGAAUCUACUGAUGCGAUUCUGGGUAGAAUUGAAUGAAUUUGAUAUUGACAUUGAGAUUCUGUCCGUUGGCGAGUGAUGAUGUUUGGUUGGAUC